AUGGCUGCUGAGAAGAAAGUGAGGGCCGGAAAGGCCCAGAAGAGCUCUGCAAAGGCCUCAAAGCAAAAGACAAAGGUCGCCUCUGUUUCUCCAGCGCUCCUUGCGUCCAUUACGCAGUUCCUAGGUGACCAUGGAUACGUCAAGGCCCAGACAGCUUUACUUGCAGAGCAGGAAGGGGACGCACAGGCCGCGAAACAAAACUUGAGCAUGGAGGGGAUCCCUUCACUAAAUGUCAUUUAUGAACUUUGGGAAGCACAGAAUGCUGGAAAGGAUGCUGAGAAUGACAGUGACAGCGACUCAGACUCGGAUUCAAGUGACGCCAGCUCGGAUGUCUCGAUGGAGGACGCAGCCAGCAGCUCAUCUGAGAGUGAGGAUAGCUCCGACGAGGACAGCAGUGAGGAUAAUGAAGAAGAAGAAGAAGAAGAAGAGGCCCCCAAGCCGGCCCCGAAGGUUACGGAGAAACAACCACUCAAGCGCAAACUGGAAUCCGACUCGUCCUCCUCCGAUUCGAGCUCCGAUUCUGACUCUGACUCGGAUUCUGACUCGGAUGGUGCUCCCACCGCAAAGAAAGCAAAGCUAGAAUCAGUCCAAUCUGAUUCCUCCGAAGAUUCCAGCUCCGACUCUGACUCUGAUGAUGAAGAAAAGGUUGAGAAGAAGAUAUACUCGAGCUCUGGCUCUAGUUCGGAUUCUGACUCCGACUCUGAUUCAGACUCCGAUUCAGACUCCAGUUCUGGCGCCGAGAAGAAGAAAGAAGCAUCAACUCUAAAGAAAGCUAUCAAAACUCCACUCCCUGAAUCAGACAGUGAUAGCUCCUCUUCCGACUCUGACUCUGACUCCGAUUCGUCAGACAGCGAUGAUGAAGAUGACAAGCCCAAAUCUUCUGCUGCGGAUGAGAGCAAGGAGUCUUCGGACUCUAGCGCUACUCUAGCAGGCACAUCUGGCCAAAGCGACUCCGACUUCAAGUCAAAGACUGACCCCAAACCGGUUCGCAAACAUGUAGGAGCCAGACCAACACCGCUAGCUGCGGCCGGUGAACUCCCUCACAAUCAUCCAUCCAACGCUUAUGUUCCAUAUGCAUACGCUGAACGUGCUCACCGUGAUCUGUCAGUCACUCGCGGCAAAGGCUUUACCAAGGAGAAAAACAAGAAGAAGCGCGGUUCCUACCGUGGUGGCCCAAUCGAUAUCGGACCAGGCAAGAGCUUCAAGUUUGACGACUGA